CGCGGGGUUAUCUCAUCGGCUCUAAAAAUACCUCCUCCCGCGCGGGCUGCCCUUGGGGUCGGGGUUUGCGGGUAAGCGGAGGCUCUGCUGUAGGGUCUCCGCAUUUCUUUCCGAUCCGCACGGACCUGAUCGCUGGCCGCUGGGAAUCUUGGAGCCGUGUUUACCUGAGCGUGUCGGGUUGGCGCACUUGGUGCUUUGUGUUCGUCUUUCCUCCGAGGAGCACCAGGAUGAAAACAUGGACAAUAUCAAAACUGUGAAGGAAGAAUGGAUGUGUAAGUCAAGAACUGAUGAUCAGAUUUUGAAUGGUACAGAACAAAAUCAUGACUAUUUUGUCGAUAACCUUUUUGAAGAAGCUCAGAAGAUUGGUGCAAUAUGCAUGUCCCCAACUACAGUCAAGAACCAGGUUGAUGUGAUCAUUAAACUUUGGAAAAAUGGGUUUACGGUAAAUGAUGGUGAACUUCGAAGCUACACUGAUGUCGGAAAUCAGCAGUUCUUGGACUCCGUUAAAAAAGGGGAACUGCCUUUUGAGCUACAGAAGGUUUUUGAGAAGGAAGAGGUAGAUGUGAAGAUGGAAGAUAAGAAAGAUGAGUUGUAUCUGUCAUCAAAAAAGCCAAUAUUUCAUCCCUUUUCUGGGCAUGGUUACAGAUUAGGAAGUGCUACUCCAAGGAUAAUUUCUAAAGUAAGAGAGGAUCAUCAAGGAGCUGCUGAUGAAAGACGCCUUCCUGUAGUACCCUUAAAUGAUUUGGAGCCUAUCACUAACAUCCAGAUCUGGUUAGCUGAUGGGGAGAGGAUAAUUCAGAAGUUCAACGUUUCACACAGAAUAAGCCACGUCAGAGACUUCAUAACAAAGUAUCAAGGAUCAGGGGGAGAUGUUCCCUUCGUGCUGGCUACUUCGCUGCCAUUUCAAGUGCUGCAAGAUGAGACGCUCACACUACAGGAAGCAAAGUUGCGAAAUGCUGUUGUUGUUCAGAGACUUCGGAAAACAACGGAACCUUUUAGACUCGUGGUGAUGAAAGCGCCUGAUAAUGACUGUAAAACUGCUGCUACUCCUAAUGGACAGCUCAAAAAUGAGCAAAAAAACGCUGUCAAAAGCACAAGUUCAAAUUAGUUUAUAACUGACUGAAAGCUACACACGGGCAGAACUAGAUAAAACGUAACCAGCAAUAUCUGGGUGCACUAUCAUUCUUAGGUAGUGUGCUCUUAGAGAGCAAAUGUGUGCUGUGCUGCAAUCUGCUGUAACAAAGAUAUUUUCAACUAAUUCUGGCGGUCAGAGCCUGGCUAAAUAAUGCAGCAGAGGUAACUCUGCAAGAGCGAUUAUCCUUAUAAUUUCCUUGGCUUUGCUAGCAUGUUCUUUAAUGAGUAUACUUAGAAUGGUACUCUGAGACUUAAUUACUACUGAUAACACAUUUUAGGGAAAAACUGUCUUUAUUUUUGCACUUUGGACUAAAGAGGAACUGAACUGGUUGAUUUAAUUUAUACCUCAAUGUAAGUUGCUCCGGUUUCCCCUUUUUUUUUUUUUUUCUUUUUGUAAUAGGCAGUAGGUGCUGCAGGGAAGUUCACAUUUGAACACCUAAGUGUUUUGAAAAAUCAGUGUAUCAUUAGUAUUUAACUUCAUCACAAGAUCUGCGGUGUGAAUGUCCUAUUAAGUCUUCCCAUGAUGGUAGGUGCAUGUGUAUGAAGAUUGAAAUUAGGUAGCGUGGUGCAUACUGCAUCUGAAGUGCCUCAAAGUAGCUCUGAAAGAAUUGUUACUCCUAGUGGUUGGAGGGUUUUCUGCCUCUGUGUUCUGCUGCAGGUGUCUUACAGAUAAGGUGAUGUUAAACUACCUGGCUCACUAGGAUAGAGAUCCACUUUUAGCCUUGUCACAGAGAAACUUCAGUUUUUCUGGAGUUUGCCACGCAGCUUUAGUGUCUUAGAGGGACACAGUUUUUUUUGUACUUUGAACCUGUCCUGAACUGGCCAUCCAAUUGAAACAUUAACUGCGUGUGGCCAAAUUUCAAAGAUAUCUAAAACCCACAUUUGAAAACUGAGGCGGCUUCUCUACUCCUGCACCCGCUUCCCAUCCCAAUCUUAUUUUUUUUCUCCUUGUAUUUUUCGCAUAAGAUUUGUACCCAACCAUUCCAUGUUUUGCUAAUGGAGAGCAUUAAGGAUUAAAUAUAUAUUUUAUACUGGUUGUGUUAAGUCACACAUGGCUUUGUGAAUGGACCUAGAGUCUCAAGGUAAAGACUUUCUUGGGGCCUUCAAUAAAUGCUGACUGGUUUGUGCUACCUA